CGAUAUUAACAAAUAUGUAUACUUAUCUCGUUACAUUACCUUAAUUUAAUUUUUAAUAAAAAUACUACUAUAAUCAGUCUGAAAGUUUCCUUGAUUCGAUUUUACAAUAAAAGCAAGAGCGCUUGUAUUAAAAUCAAAACCGCGCUUUGAAAAUCUAACUAGCUAUGGAACAAAAAUUAUUUAAGUUUGCUAUAGAUAGAGGCGGAACUUUUACAGAUGUUUUUGCAAAAUGUCCCAGUGGCAAAGUUAGAGUUUUAAAAUUGUUAUCCGAAGAUCCGCAGCAUUAUAAAGAUGCUCCUACCGAAGGAAUUAGAAGAAUUUUGCAAGAGGAAUUGGGAAGAGCGGUGGAUGAGGAAGGCCACGUGGAUAAUUCUAUGAUAGAAUGGAUCAGAAUGGGGACUACGGUCGCUACAAACGCCCUUUUAGAGCGAAAAGGUGAAAAGAUUGCUUUCGUGGUGAAUAAAGGCUUCAGGGAUAUAUUGCUGAUUGGAAAUCAAGCAAGGCCUAAAAUAUUUGAUUUGAACAUUCGCCGACCUGAGAUACUCUAUUCCGAUGUAGUAGAGGUGGAUUGUAGAGUUAUACCUAAACAAGAAGGAAAAUGUGAACUGGGCGACAUAACUAAAGACUGGACUGUUGUAGAAGGCCAAACUGGAGAAAAGUUUUACGUUAUCAAAGAUCUAGAUGUCGAAGAAGUCAGACAGAGUCUUAUUGCAGUUAGAAACAAAGGAAUUGAUAGUAUUUCUGUAGCACUGGCUCACAGCUAUACUUAUUUUGAUCACGAACUUAAAGUUGGACAAAUUGCAAAAGAGAUUGGUUUCAAGCAUGUUUCGCUAUCUCACCAAGUCAUCGCUAUGGUACGAAUUGUACCAAGAGGGUUUACUUCUUGCGCAGAUGCAUACCUUACCCCGCAUGUCAAGAGGUACGUGGAAGGAUUUUGUAGCGGGUUCAAGGACAAUCUCAAAGGAACCAGGGUUCUUUUUAUGCAAAGCGAUGGCGGUUUGACUCCUAUGGAACAUUUUAAUGGAGCCAGAGCGAUUUUGUCAGGACCGGCUGGAGGUGUUGUUGGUUAUGCCGUGACCACUUGGAAAAAAGAAACUGAUCUGCCGGUGAUAGGGUUUGAUAUGGGUGGUACUUCAACUGAUGUAUCAAGAUUUGCUGGAAGUUACGAACAUGUGUAUGAAAGUACCACGGCAGGGGUUACGAUUCAAGCGCCACAGUUGGACGUUAAUACCGUAGCUGCUGGAGGUGGUUCCAUGCUAUUCUUUAGGUCUGGUAUGUUCGUGGUUGGUCCAGAAUCAGCAGGCGCCCAUCCAGGACCGGUUUGUUACAAGAAAGGUGGGCCACUCACUGUUACAGACGCAAAUUUAGUGUUGGGACGUCUUUUGCCAGAAUUCUUUCCAAAAAUAUUCGGUCCCAACGAAGACUCGCCGCUGGAUAAAGACGAAACUUCAAAAGCUUUUGCGGCAUUGACACAAAGAAUUAAUGCAUUCCUGAUCGACGAGAAUCCAGACAAAAAAGAGUCAAUGACGAUUGAAGAAGUGGCAAUGGGGUUCAUCAGGGUUGCCAACGAAGCAAUGUGCCGACCAAUCAGAGCCUUGACCCAAGGAAAGGGCUAUGACACUGCAAGACACGCACUGGCAUGUUUUGGAGGCGCGGGCGGUCAACACGCAUGCGCUAUAGCCAGGUCGCUUGGAAUGACGACCGUUUUCGUACAUAAAUAUGCAGGCAUUUUAUCUGCAUACGGAAUGGCAUUAGCUGAUGUUGUCGAAGAAGCUCAAGAAUCUUGUUCUAGAACAUACACUCCAGAAAACUUCGAAUAUUUUGAUAAUCGCUUAGAGACACUAAAGCAACGAUGUUUCAAAGAGCUACAAGAUCAAGGAUUUUCAGAAUCAAAUAUAGUCUUGGAACCUUAUUUGCACAUGCGCUACGAUGGUACCGAUUGCGCGCUAAUGUGUGGUCCUUGGAAUCCCGAUGGUGCUACUACUAAUCCAAAACACGGCGAUUUUCUGCAAACUUUUAUUAGAAGAUACAAGGCUGAGUUUGGAUUUGUCAUCGCUCAUAAGGAUGUUAUAGUCGACGAUAUUCGGGUCAGAGGCGUUGGUAAGAGUGAUAUUGAGUUAGAACAACCUUUAGAUGUUCAGAAAGGUGAUCCAAAUCCUAUAACAGUGACGAAAGUUUAUUUUGAAUCCGGAUAUGAAGAUACAAACGUGUAUCAGUUGAAGGACCUUUUGCAGGGCAAACAUUAAAAGGGCCAGCUAUAGUAAUGGAUCAACUGAGCACGAUCCUAAUCGAACCGGAUUGCACAGCUGUCAUAACAAAAUAUGGCGAUAUCAAAAUCACUAUCGGCACUGGAAAAGUCAAAGCUAUAGGUCCGGAACUGGACUCCAUCCAGUUAAGCAUUUUCAGCCAUAGAUUUAUGAGUAUUGCCGAACAAAUGGGAAGGAUCCUGCAAAGAACUGCCAUAUCAA